AGUGGUAGUGUUGGUGUACUGGAAGAAGCAAGUGUUUCCUUUGGGCUUGCUUGCUGCUAGGUUUACUAGCAACACUCUGCCCAUGUUAUUUGUCAAGUGUGGCGCCUCAGUAACAGGCGUUUAACUCUCCCGCUUGACAAUUACAUUUUCCUCCCAAAUUAAUAUCGCAAACUAGCUCGCGAGGUGGACGUCCACCUCGUCCGAGAAGCGUCUCUAUCAAACGUUAACUGGAGCAGGAAACUACGAUGCCAUCCCCGAUGGAGGGAUCGUCCAGAGAAGGUGACCUCUUCACUGUGAAACACGAGCUGAGAAACGCCAACCUGACGGGCCAUGUCGAGAGGGUGGGCAUUGAGAACUUUGAGUUAUUAAAGGUCCUCGGCACAGGAGCGUAUGGCAAGGUGUUCCUGGUGAGGAAAGUGAGCGGUCAUGACGCUGGGAAGCUGUAUGCCAUGAAGGUUUUGAAGAAGGCCACCAUUGUACAAAAGGCAAAGACUGCCGAACACACACGGAGCGAGCGACAAGUGCUGGAGCACAUUCGCCAGUCUCCGUUCCUCGUCACGCUUCACUAUGCCUUCCAGACGGAUACCAAGCUGCACCUCAUUCUCGAUUAUGUAAACGGCGGGGAGCUCUUCACACAUUUGGUGCAUAGAGUGCGAUUCAAGGAACUAGAAGUUGCUUUGUACAGUGGAGAGAUCGUGUCGGCACUAGAACAUCUGCACAAGCUCGGGAUCGUCUACCGGGACCUGAAACUUGAGAAUAUUUUGCUGGAUUCAAGUGGUCACAUAGUUCUCACAGACUUUGGCCUCAGCAAAGAAUUUGAUCAGGUGGAAAGGGCGUUUUCUGUCUGUGGCACCAUUGAAUAUAUGGCUCCAGAAAUUGUGGAAGGAGGAGAGUCUGGACACGACAAGGCGGUGGACUGGUGGAGCCUCGGCGUGUUGAUGUACGAGCUUUUGACUGGCGGAUCACCCUUCACCGUUGAUGGAAACGAGAACUCGCACACAGACAUUGCCAAGAGGAUUUCAAAAAGGGAUCCUCCUUUCCCCAAAGAUAUGGGGCCUCUGGCCAAAGACCUCAUCCAGCGACUCCUCGUCAAAGAUCCAAAGAAGAGAUUGGGCUCCGGUCCUAAUGGAGCCGAGGAUGUAAAAAAACACCCGUUUUACCAGAAAAUAAACUGGGAGGACUUGGCAGCCAAGAAGGUGCCGGCCCCGUUCAAGCCGGUGAUUCGAGAUGAACUGGAUGUCAGCAACUUUGCAGAGGAGUUCACAGAGAUGGACCCCACCUACUCUCCUGCAGCUCUGCCUCAGAACUGCGACCGCAUCUUUCAGGGCUACUCCUUCAUGGCCCCCUCCAUCCUGUUCAAGAGGAAUGUGGUGAUGGACGACCACGUCCAGCUGUGCGGCGGCUCGGAGAGGCCGAGCUCUGCCGCGGUGGCCCGCAGCGCCAUGAUGAAGGACUCUCCUUUCUACAUGAGCUACGAGAUGGACCUCAAAGACAGCGCUUUGGGCGAGGGCAGCUUCUCCAUCUGCAGGCGGUGCACACACAAGAAGACUGGACAGAAAUACGCAGUCAAGAUUGUCAGCAAGAGGAUGGAGGCACAGACUCAGCGGGAAAUGGCGGCCCUGAAGCUCUGCGAUGGCCACCCUAACAUUGUCAAGUUACAUGAAAUCUACCACGACCAGCUCCACACGUUCAUGAUCCUGGAGCUGCUCGGCGGAGGGGAGCUGCUGGAGAGGAUCCGCAGGAAGCAACAUUUCAGCGAAACGGAGGCCAGCCGCAUCAUGCGAAGACUGGUGUCGGCCGUCAGCCACAUGCACGAUGUUGGCGUGGUGCACAGGGACCUCAAACCGGAGAACCUGCUCUUCACGGACGAGAGCGAGAACUCGGAGAUAAAAAUCAUAGACUUUGGCUUCGCUCGCCUCAAACCACCAGACAAUCAGCUCCUGAAGACGCCCUGCUUCACCCUGCAGUACGCGGCGCCGGAGAUCCUCAAGUACGACGGCUACGACGAGUCCUGCGACCUCUGGAGUCUGGGGGUCAUUCUGUUCACCAUGUUGUCUGGGCAGGUGCCUUUUCAAUGUCAGGAGAAGAGCCUGACUCACACCAGUGCCGAGGAAAUCAUGAAGAAAAUCAAACUGGGAGACUUCUCUUUUGAAAGCGAGGCCUGGAGAAACGUGUCCCAGCAGGCCAAGGACCUGAUACGAGAGCUGCUGACGGUGGACCCGAACAAGAGGAUUAAGAUGUGUGGCCUCCGUUACAACGCCUGGCUGCAGGACGACAGCCAGCUGUCCUCCAACCCGCUCAUGACGCCGGACAUCCUGGGCUCCUCCACGGCCUCCGUCCACACUUACGUCAAAGCUACCUUUCAUGCGUUUAACAAAUGCAAGCGGGAAGGUUUCCGCCUGCAAACGGUGGACAAAGCGCCGCUGGCCAAGAGGAGGAAGAUGAAGAAGACGAGCACCAGCACGGAGACCCGCAGCAGCUCCAGCGAGAGCACCCGCUCCUCGUCCUCCUCCUCCCAGUCGCAGGAGAAGACUUUCACGGAGGGCAACGCCAAGCCGGCGGCGUCCAACAGCACGCCCGUGGACACGCCCGUCGACACGCCCAUCGACACGCCCGCCGCCCUGGGAGGCGACUCCGAGCACCAGCCGGCCUUCCACUUCUCAGAAGGACAGUGAAGACGUCGGAUUCAGACAGUUUUUAUGACCCGGAGGACGGCUCGUGGUUAAUAAAAACCCGGCGUCCAUUCAAUUCAAUUUCAAUUCAGUUUAUUUUGUAUAGCCCAAUAUCACAAAUUACAAAUUAGCCUCAGAGGGCUUUACAAUCUGUACACAUACGACAU